AUGGUGUAUUUAAAUACCGCCCAAGAAUGGCUCACUCAAUCUUCUCUCCUCUUAAAAGCGCAUCCUAGUACCACCCGCAUAACAACCAAAUACACGAUCCUCCACGCCUCUCCCUCCCCCCACGCCCCCUCCACAACACACUCCACACCCAGCAAACCCCGUCUCCCCAAGCCAUCCUCCUCACAACCCGCACCUCCGCGAGCAACCCUCACAAUAACAACCUUUCACCCGCACUCAGGCGUAAAUCUUAAAUAUACAACUAAUAAAGCGGCGGAAGUAAGCCGUUUAAUACAAAUUAUGGGACGACUUGGGAAAUUGAUGGCGGGGUUACCAGAAGAGAAGGAGGGAUUGGGGGAAAUUAGUAUGGGCGAGGCACCAGUUGCGAUUGAGGAGGAGAAGGGAGAGGAAAAGGAGAAGGAGGCUGGAAAGCAGGCGCAAGCGCAGACACAGACGGCGCAGACAGCGGGAAAGGGAAAGAAGAAGAAGGGGAAGAAAUAA